AUGGCCAAGAAUAAUCUCACCACAGUAACUGAAUUUAUUCUUAUGGGCUUUAUGGACCACCCCAGUUUGGAGGUUUCUCUCUUCCUGGUGUUUCUCAGUUUCUAUCUAGUCACCCUUCUGGGGAAUGUGGGGAUGAUUGCUCUGAUCCGAGUAGCUGUCCAGCUCCACACCCCAAUGUAUUUCUUCCUGAGCCACCUUUCUCUACCGGACACCUGUUACACUUCAGUCAUCACCCCUCAGGUCCUAGCCACGCUGGCCACAGGCAGAACGGUCAUCUCCUACGGUUGCUGUGCAGUCCGGUUCUUCUUCUUCACCAUCUGUGCAGGCACAGAGUAUUUCCUGCUGGCAGUGAUGGCCUAUGACCGUUUUGCCGCCAUUCGCAACCCACUGCUCUAUGCUGUGGCCAUGAAUCUCAGAAUCCGCUGGCGUUUGGUGAUGGGAGCCUAUGUCUGUGGGGUGUCAGGGGCCAUCCUGCGUACUGUGUGCACCUUCACCUUCUCCUUCUGUGACAACAAUCAAAUCAACUUUUUCUUCGGUGACCUCCCAUCCCUGCUGAAGCUCACCUGCAGUGACACAAGACACAUCGAGAUUGUCAUUGUCUCCUUCGGCAAUUUUGUGAUUUGGGCCAAUGCUCUGGUCCUCCUGAUUUCCUACCUGCUUGUCACUAAGGCCAUUUUGAGGGUGAAGACUUUAGGUGACAAAGCCAAGGCUUUCUCCACAUGUGCCGCCCACCUCACUGCUGUGGCCCUUUUCUUUGGGACCCUCGUCUUCAUGUAUCUGUGGAGCGGCUCAGGCAAAUCCCUGGAGGAGGACAAAGUCGUGUCUGUCUUCCACACAGUCGUCAUCCCCAUGCUGAAGCCUCUGAUCUACAGCUUGAGAAAUAAGGAUGUGAAGGCUGCCUUUGGAAAGGUCACUGGGAGAUUCCAGGUGUCCCAGAGCAUGUAA